UUGUUGACAAAUUUUAAGGAACGGCAAGUAGUACGUUGCUUUGGGGCGGUCAGUUUCCUGCUGUGAUAACGCAUGAUUCAUGUGUCAUUGCGUGUAUUUCUUUCAGACUGAUUAUUAUUAUAAAUUAUAUUCAAUAUGGGUUUGUUGCCUUUAGAAUAUACAGACUGUUUAACAGAUACACCUCAUUAUAGAGAAAAUCUGCGCGCCCAUGAAAAAGAGCUAGAAAGAACAAGUCAAGCCAUCAAAGGUUUAAUCAAAGAGGUCAAAGAUCUUUUGGCAGCUGCAAAAAUUUUAUCAAAGGCUCAGCGUAGUCUAGCCACAACUUUGAUGAAUUUUAAAUUUGAUUGCAUUGGUUCCAGUCAAACUGAUGAUGAAAUACUCAUUGCUGGGUCUUUGAAAGAAUUUGGCCGUCUUCUUUGUGUUAUUGAAGAUGAACGUGAUAGAAUGUUGGAUCGAGCUCAGGCAACACUUAUCGAGCCAAUUGAAAAUUUCAGGAAAGAAAAUAUAGGAUCUGCAAAGGAAGGCAGGAAAAAGUUUGAGAAGGAAACUGCUAGAUUUUGCCAGUCUCUUGAGCGACAUUUAAAUCUUUCAACAAAAAAAAAUGAGAAUCAGCUUCAAGAGGCUGAUGCAUCUCUUGAAAUGGAGCAGAGACACUUUUUCAAUGCAUCUUUAGAUUAUGCCUGUUUGCUGACUAAAAUUCAGGAAAAAAAAAAGUUUGAAUUCGUUGAAACUAUCCUCAGUUUCAUGUUUGGUCUCAUGACUUUCUAUCAUCAAGGUUAUGAAGUGGCUAAUGAAUUCAAAACAUUUAUGAAUGAUUUACAACGGCGACUUCAGAGAACGAGAGAAAAUUUUGAAGCUACUUAUAAUGAAGCUGAAGAACUUAAGAAAAAAACAUUAGAAAAAGCACAAGAUCCAGGUACAUUAAAUAAAAUGUAUACCAGACAGGGCUAUCUGUUCUUAAUGGAAAAGAAGGCUUUAGGAACAACCUGGACAAAGCAUUUUUGUCAGUACCAAAAAUAUCAGAAAAAAUUUUCCAUGAUGCCAUAUUCUCAGACUGUUGGGAAAAUUAUGAAUGGUGAAACUGUGACAGUGAAAGAAUGCAUUGGGAGGCAGUGUGACUCUAUUGACAAGCGAUUUUGUUUUGACUUAAUCGCAGAAGAUAAACCUGCACCAUAUACUUUUCAAGCUUUGUCAGAAGAAGAUAAAAAUUUAUGGUUAGAUGCUAUGGAUGGCAAAGAACCUGUGAGCAGUGCUGCAGGAAAGAAUUUAAAGCAGGAAGGAUUUUCUCUUGAUGAUGCUGGCUUUGCAUUUGUUCAGUGGUGCAUAAAUUAUAUUGAAUCAAAAGGGCUUGUCGAUCAAGGUCUUUAUAGACUUGUUGGUGUAAAUUCUAAAGUGGCAAAGUUAACACAGCUUGCAUUAGAAAAUAAAGGUUCUCUCUUAUCACUAGAUGAAGAAGAGUGUGAAUUAAAAACUGUCACAAGUGCAUUAAAGAAUUUUUUCAGGAAUCUACCUGAACCAUUGUUAACAUUUCGUCUGCAUGGUGCAUUUAUUGCAGCUGCUAAGCAAGAGAACAAAACUCUACGUGUAAAUAACAUUCAUUCCUUAGUCCAUUCAUUACCUAAGCCUAAUUUUCAAAUGCUCGAGUUGCUUAUUCGACAUCUCUGCAA